AAAAAAUAAAAAUACUGUGGUCCAAAAAUGUACUUAUUUGAAAAACUGGUGAAAUUCAAACAAAGCAUGCAGAUUAACAGCAUUGUAUCAAUGUUAAUUUCCUGGUUCCUAUAAUCGUACUAUGGUUAUGCAAGAUGUGAACUUUGGGGAAGAUGAGUACACAGUAUGUGGGAAUUGUUAUUUUUGUAAGGUUUCUCUAAGUAUAAAUGAAUUUCAAAAUAAAAAAGUUUAGAAAAUUAGUAAAAUACUGUAGUUCAAUUCUGUGCAAGCCAAACAUAAUACUUCUACUGGCUCCCAGUUUGAGCCCUCUGGUUUUUGUCUGGGAUUUCUUGGCUUCUGCCAUGCCUAGUACCACACCUUGUACACAGUGGACGAUCAGUAAUACUAGUGUUCUAUUUUGGAGAAAAUGUUUUUUAAAAAUAUCAUUGUGUUACUUCUAUGAAUUAUUUGACUUUUAAAAUUGUCUCCCUUUUUUUAAAACAGGUUUUACAAAAGAGAACUGUUCUACUUCUAGAUUUUUUCCAUUUUUUUUCUGUAAAUCAAAACAGAUCAACAUGGAGGCCUAAAAUCCUUAAAGGGACUUAGUCUAAUCUCCGGGAGGUAGUUUUGUGCAUGAAUAAACAAAUUAAGUAGUUAACUAGAGUUUGUGGCAUCCAAAGAAUGUUAUAAUUUUAAAAAUAUGAUCUAAUUAUAUGAGGUGUAACUAUAAAGUAAUACUGAGUUUGAUUUUGAAUUUGUGGAGAAGUGAUUUUACUUGGGACAUAUUGUUGAAGUACCCUUCGAAAUUGGCUGAGCAGUCUCCCACUGGCUGCUGUGUAGAACAGAAAAAAGGACCUGCGUUUGUUAAAGAUUUUAAAAUGAAUGACAGUUACCUAGAACAACCCUCUGCUAAAUUAGAGAAAUAUGCAAAUGAGACCUUUGACAUGUUAAAAAAUUUCUACAAUGACAAAGAAGUGUCAAGAACAAAACUUUCUGAUAUAUAUAACAAAUUUAGAGAAAGUAGGAAAGAUGAACUUGAUUAUUGAUCAAUAAAUUAUCUAACCAUUGAUAAGACUAUUGGUAUUUUAAAAGUCUAAAAUUUAGUUUGCUCAAAUGGGCUAUUAUCUGUGAGAAUGAUAAGAAUAAGAAUGAUGGCUAUAUGGUCACAUUUUGGUAAAGGAACUUAUUCAGGAAGAAAAUAUACACAAAGACAAUAAUAAACACCAAGAAGGUUUUUCUAACAAUGUUAAAAUUUUUGACCAGUGAAAGGAAAACUGAAAUUAGAUACAAUAACUCACCUUUGAGAUAUGCUUUUUUUGCCACCUGGAAUAAAGCAUUAAAGCCUGCAGUAGAAAAUCCCAGCAUAAAAAAGGAAGGAAGGAAGGGAGGGAGGAAGGAAACUCCCAACAUCUGUAGGACCAGGAAACAGUGCUUGCAAAUCACUGCUAGAAAAACCACAAUGACUUAUUUAUUGGUCAUUGCUGAUAGUAUUGACGCAGAACCUAUUCACUGCUAGUCAUAAUCAAGAUAUUCUGAAUUUUUAGGUCUCUGCUGUUCAAAAGGAGUGGACUAUGACAAAGUAAAUUUAUUAUUAGUUUUUGUCUUGAUAAAUUCCAGUUCAGGGUAUGCUGUUCUUGAAAUAUUUUCUGACCAAGCCAUAUUUGUAUCAUUUGCUUAUCCAUCUUAGCCUAUAGACUCAGCACUCUUUUGACUAUCUUAAAAACAAAUUCACUAUCAGAGUAGAAGAUUUGAUGUUGGCAUGAGGCUGAGUUUAAAAGACCAGUUGAGCAAAUACAUUCAUCUCUGAUAAUUUAUUUAAAGUAGACUGUAAUUUGCUAAGAUCUGAUAAUUUAUUUAAAGUAGACUGUAAUUUGCUAAGAUCUAAUGGUAUCACUAUUGUGAAGCAACCAGGUUCCUGACUAUUUAUGGGAAAUAAUUAUUAUUUAAUAAAUUUUAAAGCCAGGCCUUAAGAUUUAUCAGUUAAUUCUGUUACUACUUAUGCUCUAUCUGGAAGAAAAUUUUACAUUGCUUUGUUCUCCCUAUUAAAAUGACUGUCGGAAGAAAAAUCACUUAAUUUGAGCAGGGUUUGGGAUAUACUAUAUUUCAUUGAAUCUAAGAUGUCAUCAAUUAUAAGGUAUACCAUUAUUUUAUGUACUGUUAAGAAAUAAUAAUGCUGCUAAUUAAAAUAUGAUAUGGCAUUAACUAUACGAUACCUCUCGAUAACAGAUAUUAAAACAUGCAUCUUAGAAUCAGUGAAAUAUAGCAAUGCAUUCCUUUCCUCAUGCUUUUUUUCUCCCUGGCUAUCAAAUUUUGUAAUUUAAAUAAGGCAAAAUAAACAUACUCUGAAUAUUUUUUUCUGUAGAGUACUUACAGAGCACAACUUUCCACCAUGAGAGCAAGCUAGCUGUGUGAGUCAGACAUUUUACCUUUAGGCUGGCUGAAUGUCACUGAAGUGUUCGAGUGGAGGUUGGCGCACCUGCGGAAAUGCCUGACACUCAAUGGCAUCUUAGUGACCUAAAGCACUCUACACUUUUAUGAAGGGUUUGGAUUUUCAUCACAAGCUACUGUGUAGCAUCAUGUUUACAUUGUAUGAUUGUACAAAGGUGCUGUUAUGCAAAAUUGUCCCUUAAGACCUAUCAGUAUAGGAUUUUAAUCUCGCUGUGCUGAAGGCAUAGGAGAAAAAAGAAGAAAAGAUUUCCGUUCUAGGUGUUCAGCCUAGUACUAAAACUAACAAAAUCAAAAACCAUGCACAAAACUACCUCCCUAGAGAAAGGCUAGUCCCUUUUCCUCCCCAUCCAUUUCUUCAUGAACAUAGUAGAAAAGAGCGAAUUCUUAUCAAAUUUGAUGAAAAGAGCCAACAUGUCUGAAAUGAAAUACGACUUUUCAUGUGAACUCUACAGAAUAUCUACGUAUUCAGCUUUCCCCGCCGGUGUUCCUGUGUCAGAAAGGAGUCUUGCACGUGCUGGUUUUUAUUACACUGGUGUGAAUGACAAGGUCAAGUGCUUCUGCUGUGGCCUGAUGCUGGAUAACUGGAAACAAGGAGACAACCCUAUUGAAAAGCACAAAAAGUUGUAUCCUAGCUGUAGCUUUGUACAGAAACUGAAUUCAUAUCACAAUGUGAGAGCCCCUUCUCAGCUUAACCUGCCUUCUUCAGGAACACAUUCCACACAUUCAUUACUUCCAAAUUCGGAAAACAGUGGUUAUUUCAGUGGUUCUUAUUCAAGCUUUCCCUCAAAUCCUGUAAACUCCCAACCAAAUGAAGAUAUUUCUGCCUGGAGGAGAAGUCCCAACCAUUGUAUAAUGAACACUGAAAAUGCCAGGUUGCUUACUUUCCAGAUGUGGCCACUGACUUUUCUGUCACCAAUAGACCUGGCAAAAGCAGGUUUUUACUACAUAGGACCUGGAGACAGGGUAGCUUGCUUUGCCUGUGGUGGAAAAUUGAGCAAUUGGGAACCAAAGGAUGAUGCUAUGUCAGAACACCUGAGACAUUUCCCCAAAUGCCCGUUUUUAGAAAGUCGGCCUGAAGACACUUCAAAAUACAGUGUUUCUAACCUGAGCAUGCAGACGCAGGCAGCCCGUUUUAGAACAUUCUGUAACUGGCCCUCUAGUGUCCCAGUUGAUCCUCAGCAGCUUGCAAGUGCGGGUUUUUAUUAUAUGGGUCACAAUGAUGAUGUGAAAUGCUUUUGCUGUGAUGGUGGACUGCGGUGUUGGGAAUCUGGAGAUGACCCGUGGGUAGAACAUGCCAAGUGGUUUCCAAGGUGUGAGUACUUGAUACGAGUUAAAGGACGAGAGUUCAUCAAUCGAAUUCAAGCCAAUUACCCUCAUCUACUUGAACAGCUGUUAUCUACUUCAGAAAAUCCAGAAGAUGAAAAUGCAGAGGCACCAAUUGUUCAUUUUGGACCUGGAGAAAACCAUUCAGAAGAUGCAAUCAUGAUGAACACACCUGUGGUGAAAGCGGCCUUGGAAAUGGGCUUCAGUAGAAGCUUGGUAAAGCAGACAGUUCAGAGUAAAAUCCUAACGACUGGAGAGAACUAUAAAGUCGUCAGUGAUCUUGUAUUAGAUUUACUCUAUGCUGAAGAUGAAAUAAGGGAAGAGGAGAAGGAGAGAGCAGCUGAGGAAGAAGAAUCAGAUGAUCUAUCAUAUAUCCGGAAGAACAGAAUGGCACUUUCUCAACAUUUGACUUGUGUGCGUCCAAUCCUGGAUAGUCUACUAAUUGCUGGAGUGAUUCAUGAACAAGAACAUGAUGUUAUUAGACUGAAAACACAGAUACCUUUGCAAGCAAGAGAACUGAUUGAUACUAUUAUAGUAAAAGGAAAUUUUGCAGCCACUGUAUUCAGAAACUCUCUACAAGAAACAGACCCUACAUUAUACAAGCGCUUAUUUGUACAACAAGACAUAAAGUAUGUUCCCACAGAAAAUGUUUCAGAUUUACCAAUGGAAGAACAAUUGAGGAGGCUACAAGAAGAAAGAACAUGUAAAGUGUGCAUGGACAGAGAAGUGUCCAUAGUGUUUAUUCCGUGUGGUCAUCUCGUAGUAUGCAAAGACUGUGCCCCUUCUCUGAGAAAAUGUCCUAUUUGUAGAGGAACAAUUAAGGGUACAGUUCGUACAUUUCUUUCAUGAAGAUGAUCCAGAACUUUAGAAUUAUGGAUUAAAUGUAUUGUAAUUUUGACUUUUA